AUGUGGGUGGAAAAAACGUUGUUAGCUUUAGGAAAAACUCUGGGUACUCUUAUUGUAGUGGACAAACGAACCCUAAACCAUGAGUAUGGGCAUUAUGCCUCAGUUCUGAUCGAUAUUGAUUUUGCAAAGCUUAAUUCAGACUCUGUUUAUGUUGAAGCUGGUGGACGCAAUUUUUUGCAACCCUUUGAAAUUUUGAAGAAGCCGAAAUACUGUUUUAAGUGCAAAAUAGUUGACCACCUAGACUCAGAGUGCAGAAAGAAGCAUGUUACUGCAGUUAAUACGCCACCCGUUACUGUCAGUACAUCGAAGCAAUCUAAUACUCUAGUUAUCCACCAGGGUGACGCUAAUUCAGCAUGGAAAGUUGCAGGUCACAAGAAGAAUGUUACAGAUGAACUUGAGAAUUCCGAAGCUGUUUUGCGCAGGGCUACAACUGAGUUUGAGAAAGCCAAACAAGCUAAAAUUGCGCAUUCAGUUUUAGUCGACAGGGCAAAGUCGUUAAGUAUUGUUUCCUUGAGUACUAAUCCAGUUGGGAAUGUUGAAUUGGCAAUUCCUAAUCCUGGUAGGAUUCCUGUUUCAUCUUUGUCUACACCGGUGUGUGAUGCUCUUGAAGAAAGUUCGGAAUAUAUCUCUCAUAACAAGUUCAACAUUCUGGGUGAAGUUGGUGAGCCUUUGAAUAACCUUCUUUUGGAGAUUAAUAAGGUUGAUGAAGUAGCUAAACGUGCUAAGCAGAAGCAGGUGUUAGCUCUUCAAGCAAAAAUUGAUGCUUUGAGAGAUAAUGACUCAAUGUUGGACUCUGAAGAUUCUGAAUUGGGUAUUCGAGCUCGAAAGGGUUCUUCACCAAGACUAAAAUCCUCCUCACAUACUUCUCAUCAAGUAAAUAUAUCUAAAACUCAACCCCCCAAAGUUUAA